GCCUGGGAGGCGGUGCCGCGGGGGUCGUUUCCUGCCGGGAGGCGGCCCCACGCCGCUGAGUCUCCUCCUCCCGCCCGAGAGGAGGAGGCGGAGCCGCCACCGCCGCGCCCGAGCCCGAGCUCGGGAGGCCAAGCCAGCCCUGGGGACAGGCCGAGCGGGAGCCGCGGAGCACAGGCUGAGCCGACCGCGCGGGCUGGACGCCGCGGGAGAAGAUGAAUUUACAACUGAUUUUCUGGAUUGGAUUGAUCAGUUCAGUUUGCUAUGUGUUUGGCCAAGCAGAUGAAAAUAGAUGUUUAAAAGCAAAUGCCAAAUCAUGUGGAGAGUGUAUACAAGCAGGGCCCAAUUGUGGAUGGUGCACCAAUUCAACAUUUUUACAAGAAGGAAUGCCUACUUCUGCUCGAUGUGAUGAUUUAGAAGCCUUAAAAAAGAAGGGCUGUCAUCCAGAUGACAUCGAAAAUCCCAGAGGCUCCAAAGAUAUAAAGAAAAAUAAAAAUGUCACCAACCGUAGCAAAGGAACAGCAGAGAAGCUGCAGCCAGAAGAUAUUACUCAGAUCCAACCCCAGCAGUUGGUUUUGCAGUUACGAUCAGGGGAGCCACAGACAUUUACAUUAAAAUUCAAGCGAGCUGAAGACUAUCCCAUCGAUCUCUACUACCUUAUGGACCUCUCCUACUCUAUGAAAGACGACUUGGAGAAUGUGAAAAGUCUUGGAACUGAUUUGAUGAAUGAAAUGAGAAGGAUUACUUCAGACUUCCGAAUUGGGUUUGGCUCAUUUGUGGAGAAAACCGUGAUGCCUUACAUUAGCACAACACCAGCUAAACUCAGGAACCCUUGCACAAGUGAACAGAACUGCACCAGCCCAUUUAGCUAUAAAAAUGUGCUCAGCCUUACUGAUAAAGGGGAGGUAUUUAAUGAACUUGUUGGUAAACAGCGCAUAUCUGGAAAUUUGGAUUCUCCAGAAGGUGGCUUUGAUGCAAUCAUGCAAGUUGCAGUUUGUGGAUCUUUGAUUGGCUGGAGGAAUGUGACACGGCUGCUGGUGUUUUCCACGGAUGCUGGGUUUCACUUUGCUGGAGAUGGGAAACUUGGUGGCAUUGUUUUACCAAAUGAUGGACAGUGUCACCUGGAAAAUGAUGUGUACACAAUGAGCCAUUAUUAUGAUUAUCCUUCUAUUGCUCACCUUGUCCAAAAACUAAGUGAAAAUAACAUUCAGACGAUUUUUGCAGUUACUGAAGAAUUUCAGCCCGUUUACAAGGAACUGAAAAAUUUGAUCCCUAAGUCAGCAGUAGGAACAUUAUCUGCAAAUUCUAGCAAUGUAAUUCAGUUGAUCAUCGAUGCAUACAAUUCCUUGUCUUCAGAAGUCAUUUUGGAAAACAGCAAAUUACCAGAAGGAGUAACAAUAAAUUACAAGUCUUACUGCAAGAAUGGGGUGAAUGGAACAGGGGAAAAUGGGAGAAAAUGCUCUAAUAUUUCCAUUGGGGAUGAGGUUCAAUUUGAAAUCAGCGUAACUUCAAAUAAAUGUCCAAAUAAGAAUUCUGAAACCAUUAAAAUUAAGCCUCUGGGCUUCACUGAAGAAGUAGAGAUUAUUCUUCAGUUCAUCUGUGAAUGUGAAUGCCAGAGUGAAGGCAUCCCUAGCAGUCCCAAGUGCCAUGAUGGCAAUGGGACCUUUGAGUGUGGAGCCUGCAGGUGCAACGAGGGACGUGUUGGGAGACAUUGUGAAUGUAGCACAGAUGAGGUGAACAGUGAAGAUAUGGACGCUUACUGCAGGAAAGAGAACAGUUCAGAAAUAUGUAGCAACAACGGAGAAUGUGUCUGUGGACAGUGUGUGUGUCGGAAGAGGGAUAAUACAAACGAAAUUUAUUCUGGCAAAUUCUGCGAGUGUGAUAAUUUCAACUGUGAUAGAUCCAAUGGCUUAAUUUGUGGAGGAAAUGGUGUCUGCAAGUGUCGUGUGUGUGAAUGCAACCCUAACUACACUGGCAGUGCCUGUGACUGUUCUCUGGACACUACCUCCUGCACGGCUGUGAAUGGGCAGAUCUGCAAUGGCCGGGGCAUCUGUGAGUGUGGCGCCUGUAAGUGUACAGAUCCCAAGUUCCAAGGGCCGACCUGUGAGAUGUGCCAGACGUGCCUUGGAGUCUGUGCUGAGCAUAAGGAAUGUGUUCAGUGCCGAGCCUUCAACAAAGGAGAAAAGAAAGACACGUGUGCUCAGGAAUGUUCACAUUUCAACAUUACCAAGGUUGAAAAUCGGGACAGGUUGCCCCAGCCAGGCCAGGUGGAUCCCCUGUCCCAUUGUAAGGAGAAGGACGUUGACGAUUGCUGGUUCUACUUCACAUAUUCAGUGAAUGGGAACAAUGAGGCCACUGUUCAUGUUGUAGAGACUCCAGAGUGCCCCACUGGUCCAGACAUUAUCCCAAUUGUAGCAGGUGUGGUUGCUGGAAUUGUUCUUAUUGGCCUUGCAUUGCUGCUGAUUUGGAAGCUUUUAAUGAUCAUUCAUGACAGAAGGGAAUUUGCCAAAUUUGAAAAGGAAAAAAUGAAUGCCAAAUGGGACACGGGUGAAAAUCCUAUUUAUAAGAGUGCUGUGACAACUGUUGUCAAUCCGAAGUAUGAGGGAAAAUGAGCGCUGCCAGUGCGUAUCCACAGCACUGAGUGCGAAGUAGUAACUCCACACCCACAGUAAGGUAGUUUCAGGGCAGUGUUGCUGUGGUUCUCUCUUGGGCAGGUUCUGAAAAUGUACAAUAUGUAUAAUUUGAAAAUUUUUUUAUUAUUUUGAAGAUAAUGUUAUAAUCAAUGCCAGGGACUGACAGAAGACUUGAGACAGGAUGGUUAUCCUUAUCAUCUAAGGUUGCAUUGUGCCUUUUUGACCUUUUCCUCCUGGACUGUUGAAAUCCAGCUCUUAGUGGAUUAAGCGAUAUUUCUAGAGUGAUUGAAAGGGCAGUAGUUAAAGUAAUGAGUAUGAUGAGAGUUUCUCUUAAUCAAGUAUUAAAACUGAUUUCUUGCUUUGCAGAUAUGUCACUUUUCAGUUAUACAGAAUCCAAAGUGAAUGUCCUUCUAGCUAGUUUAGAAUUGUUUUAAAUUGUUAUUUUGUUAUUUUCCUUAUUAGACAUGACUGAUAACAUGAUGUAUCUGAAAGAUGAGUAUGUUGGGAGUUGCUUGUGUAAAAUAAUGAAAUGUUUGAUCUACAAAGGCCAUGGGAAAAGUCAGAGAGUUAGGAAGGGAGAACAUAGCUUUAAAACCUGUGUGCCAUUUCAAGAGUUACUUAAUCUUGGUAACUUUUAUGCCUUCUUUUUUUUAAAUUCAAGCCUUGUUUAAAAGUAUUGGGGAAUUUUCUGCAAAAAAAAGUCCUUGAUUUAUAUAAAGGCCUUAAUUUACAUAGUAUUUGCUGAAUUGGGGACCUCUGGGUGAAUUUAUUUUAUUUUAUUCAUUUUAUUUUGUUUAAAGCCUGGUGCUUUUUAUCACCUCUUCUAAUCUUUUAAUGUAUUUGUUUGCAAUUUUGGGUAAGACUUUUGUUAUCAGUACUUUUUCAUUGAUGUUUUAGCUGUACAUUUGCCUUUUUAAUGACCAUGUGAAAUUGUACUAUGGCUUAUGCAACAGCCAUCAGUUAAGCAAUUCUUAAUUUCAAUUAGUGAUGUAACAGACCACUGUAUAUUUACUUCUCACUGUUUGAAUUUCCUGUUUGGUUUCAUACUAGCCACAUUCUAUUUUAAGUGCCUUUUAAUUUUAACAGUUCACUUUUUACAAUGCUAUUUACUGAAGUUAUUUAUUAAAUAAAAAUGCCUAAAAUAUUUAAAUUGCAUGUUUGGGUU